GAGACGAGGAUUGGCAUGUCUGUGAACAACAUCAGGAAGCACUGCACCGAUGAAGAGGUCAUCACUUUGGCCAAGUUCCUCAUUAAAGACUGGAAGAGACUUCUGAACCCUGGUCAGCCUCGCGCUGUCAAAGAGUCUGAAUUGAGGAACGGUUUGGACUCCGGGCCUACAGCUCCCAACGGCUCACCCUCUAGGACACACAGCAGGAUGCUGGAUGUUAAACUAAAACAUGACUCCGAUUCUGAUAAACAACAUUCUGACAAAACCAGAAGAGAGACACAAAAUGACAACCACAUAAGCAACAAAAGACCUGCUGAUGAACCCAGAAUCGAUGAAAAGCAGCUCAAGGAUCUUCAACUUGAGAAACGGCUUCGAGAAACGAGGGAGGAAAUGCAGACACCUGUAGAGAAGCUCCAAGUGGACAAGAGGCAGAGACGCAUGCAGGACCUGCAGAGUGGAAAACACCGAUCAGACCCAGUGAAAGAAGAUUUGAAAAAGAUGAGGUCUGUUGAGCCACUCAGAAAAGAGGUUGAGGAGCUGAGGAAGCAUGAAGACCUGAAGAAGGACAGGAACAGAGAGGAAAGCAGGCCCGAGAGGCCGGUCGGCGCACCUCAACGAGAGAGGACAUGGAGCGAAUCGAAGACAGAACGACCUGCUGAUAAACCGCUGUUUGAAAGGAGAGGCGUGCUGGACAGUAGUAUCCUGUACCCCACCCACUUCCCCUCUCCCCCCCGACGUGCCCGGCCUUCGGUGCCAGUCAAACAUCCAGCUUUGGACAUAAAAAAGGACAGGAAAGACGUUAAAGACUCUUCCUCCCGACAUCCUUGCCCUCACACUCCUCGACCAGCCUCCUUGCCAGUGAAGCCACCUGCAGAGGAAGUCAAGAAGGAGAGGAAAGUUCCAGCGGAGCCAAACGCCCUGGCUGCUCCUCUUCCUUUCCACCUUCAUCCGCCCCCUCUGAGAAAAGAGCCUCCUGACCCCAACGCUCCAUGUCCUCCACUCCCUCUUCAUCUUCACCCUCCUCCUCCUCCUCCUCCUGCAAAGCGUCCAUCUGUGGAUGGGAACAAAGACAAAGACAGCAGCAGGAAGUCAAUCACAGACUCGAAGCCUCCUACACAGAAAAAAUCUGCAGAUUGUGAGAAAAAGACAGGAAAGGCUCAGUGGAUGGCAAAGUGUCUAAAAAAACACUCAGAUGAAGCUAAGAGAGAAAGGAAAGAUUCCUCUGACUCUAAAUCACCUCCUCCCAAAAAGCCAACACUGGAAGUUAAAGAAAACCACAGGAAGGACUCCUGUGACUCAAAGCCAGGACCACCUGUGAGAAGCUUUUCCACCGACUCCAAAUCUGACAGACGUGAAUCCACUGAUUCAAAGAGAAGCAGUUCACCAUCACCAAAGAAGCUAACAGGUGAAAGGAGAGAGUCUUCUGGGUCUAAGCCUGCUCUGUCAGCUCUUCCACAGAGGAAACCCUCCACUGACAGCAUUGAAAGAAAGAGUAGAAUUGAAGCCCCCAGAACUCCCACCACGCCAACCAGCCCAAUGUCACCCAGCUUCAGUUCUCCUGGAGGUCCACUGCCCCCCCACCUGGCUACUGGAGAGUCUAUUAGAGACAAAUGCAUUGAGAUGCUGUCAGCUGCUCUGCGCACAGACAAUGACUUCAAAGAUUUUGGAGUAAACUGCGACAGCAUGGCAGCUGAGAUUGAAGAUCAUAUCUACCAGGAGAUAAAGGCCACCGACCUGAAAUACAAGAACAGAGUGCGGAGCCGCAUCAGCAACCUGAAGGACCCCAAGAACCCGGGGCUUCGCAGGAACGUCCUCGCAGGCAGCAUCGAGUUGAGCCACAUCGCCUCCAUGUCUGCUGAGGAAAUGGCCAGUGAUGAGCUGAAACAGCUGAGGAACGUUCUCACCCAGGAGGCCAUCCGUGAACACCAAAUGGCCAAAACUGGCGGGACUACCACAGACCUGCUGCAGUGUGGCAAGUGCAAGAAGAAGAACUGCACCUACAACCAGGUACAGACACGGAGCGCCGACGAGCCGAUGACCACAUUUGUUUUGUGCAAUGAGUGUGGAAACCGAUGGAAGUUCUGCUGAGGCCUUCAAGGUGAAGCUACGUCAUUUUCCUUUGUGCCUCUUUAACGGCUUAUUUUCUAUAAUCAGGAUGAAACGAGCGUUGGAACUGUUGCAGCUGCUGGUUUAAACAGAUAAUGAUGAUCCCAAAGUUUUUACUUGAACUAUUACAAGCAAUAAGCAUGUAUUAUUAAUCAGUCAAAAAAUCAACCCAGUUGUGAUCAUGAAGCAGUCAGGAUGGCAGGAAUCUUUACUGGUUUUAAUUGCCUUGUCAUGUCACAAAUGAUCAUUUUGUAAAUACCUUUCAAUAAAACUACAUUUAU